AUGCCUGAAAAUACCAAAAUCGAAGAUCUUGUUACUCGUCUUCAAAUCACUGGUACAUCAUCAGAAAUUUCUACUCGACUUGUUUAUAAUAGUCCUGAUGUAAAAACAAAUGGAACUGAUUAUUUUACAUUAAAUUUUACAGAUCUUUAUUUACGUUAUUCUCUUGAUUAUGAAUGGUGGACAUCAAUUAAUAAUCCAAAUCCAUUUCGAUUUAUUGUUGAAUGUAAAAUAUUAGCUAAUCAAUCAAUUUAUAAUAUCGAUUUUCAACUUGAUCUUAUCGAUAUAAAUGAUAAUCCACCUAGAUUUAAUCAAUCUUUAUAUGAAAUAAAUAUAAAUGAAAUAACACCAAUUGGUACAAUUAUACCAACAUUAAUAUCUGCUUAUGAUCUUGAUUCUAGUAUAUACGGAAUAUUUUCAUAUUAUCUAUUAAAUAAUUCAUCAUCAUAUAUCUCUUAUUUUCAAUUAUCAAGUUCAACUAAUGCAAAUCUAGUUCUAAUGAAACCAUUAGAUUAUAAUUCAAUGAUACCAAAUUUUAAUUUGACAAUCAUUGUAAAAGAUAAUUUAAAUGCAUCUCUUUUUUCUCAAGCAAUUAUUUCUAUACAUAUUAUUGAUGUUGAUAAUUUAAAUCCGACAUUUCUAUCUGCAUCCUACAAUCUUAAUAUUUCAAUUACUACAAUAGUUGGUAGUCAAGUAACACCAAAUGAAGGUAGAAUAUUUGCUUUUGAUCAAGAUUUAGGUAUCAAUGCAACUAUAUUUUAUUCUAUAUUAACAUCAAAUAUUUAUUUGUCGAUUGAUAAUCGUACAGGUGUUUUAACUCUUCAAUCAGGUUUUAAUUUAACAAUGCAAUUUGAUCUUUUAAUUAAAGCUGAACAAGUUGAUAAUAAAAAUCGAUCAGUCACAAAUAUUUUACAUGUUAAUGUAUAUGAAUUAAAUAUUUAUCCGCCAAGUUUUCUCAAUUUACCUUAUAUAAUGACUGGCUAUUCAACAAAUAAUCUUAAUCAAAUACCAAUAUUUAAUGGUAGUAUUAAUGAUAAUGAUACGAUGCCAAGAUUAAAUUAUGUUUACAUAUGUGAUACAACAUUACUUAAUUUGAAUAUUAAAAAAACAAAUAUUCGUGAUUUUCAAAUUCAACCAAUUUAUUUUCAAACUCCACCGACAUGUCGUCCUUGUUUAUGUACUCUUAAUGUAUCCGAUGGAUUAUAUUCGACUCAAACAAAUCUUACUGUUCUUCUAUAUACUCCAGUUUCAUUUUCAAUGAAUUCUUAUCUCUUCUCAACAGAUUAUUCACUUAGUAACCCUUCGAUUAUCAUUGGCAGUGUACAGGUCACCAUUGAUAAUCUUUGUUCAGUGCAAUAUUCUCUUGUUGGUCAAUCAAGUUCAUUAUUUUCCAUUUCUCAAACAGGUAACAUAACAUGGUCGAAUCCAUUUAAUCUUCCAACACAAGAAGCAUAUCAAUUUCAAGUUAUUGUGAAACAAAAUUGUUCAUUAAUAAUUAUGAAUAUAUCUACUAAUAUUAUUAUUACUAUUCGUAAUUUUCCUUCAUCUAUCUUAACAACAACAAUGAGUUCAUCAAGUAAUGAUAAUAGCACAAUAUAUGCUAUUAUAGGAGGUGUUGGUGCAUUUAUUCUUAUUGUAAUUGCUAUUCUAUUUAUUAUUAUUUAUUAUCGUAUUCAACGUGCUAAACAUCGUGUUCCACCAUUUUUUAAAAUUCGAAAACAUUCUCCUGCUCAAGGUUUAUCAUUUUUCAAAUCAAAAAGUCCUAUUAGUAAUUUAUCACCAUAUACAUUAGGUGUACGUGAUGAUGAUUCAUCAAAUAGUAGUAGUGAUCAAACAUCAUCAUCACCAAUAAAUAAUCGUCUUUUAUCUGGACAUUAUAAAGUUACUGAACUACCAGUGAAUACAACUAUUGAAGAAUUAUUAUCAUCCUAUGAUAAUCGUUCAACAAGUAGUUCAUCCAGUUCAUCUGGCAUAGGUGAUCAUGGUAUAUCAACAAAUAUAGGUGCAUUUCGUACGACAAUACGUGAAACUAAUGAUCCUCAACAAUUAGAUACAAUUAAUGAAGAUAUACAAUGGGUUAAUAGUAAUCAACAACAACAAAGACGUCUAAAUGGUUUAAGACAUCAAAUUAUAUCUGAAGAUGCAAUGGAUAUUAUAUCUGAAUCUCAUGAGGUAGACAAUAGAUUAAAACAAAAUACUAAUGCUUGUUUAACUUGCUUAAAUUCUAAUUUGAUUAAUCAUGUGUGUUCUUGUUCUUAUUCAUUAUUAUCAAACACAUCAAUUCACUUAUUAUUAUCUUCCUCUUCCUCCUCAUCCUCAGGUUCGACAACCACUGUUGCUGCUUGUCAACAACAAACAACAACAUCAACAACAGUUGAAGUAGGACCCAACAGCUUUACUAGUUAUGAUUAUGCACGAUUCAGUCCUAUUGAUGCUACUCGUUGCUAA